AUGUCAGCGUCUCGUGAAAUUUGAAAAACUAUGCUCUACCACAAAGGAAACAUUUAAUUGCAUGAAACCUUUUACUGCAUGUUUUAAAUUAGGUGAACAAAUAAUAAAAGUUGUUCAUGCUCAAGCUUAAUGACCGAGUUUUCCUCUAGGCUGUGAAUGUUUUAUCUGAGUGGAGUUUUCCAGUAAUGACCAGACACUUGCUUCCUCUUCACGUAGCUGGAACACAAAACCUGAUGAACCUCAUUCUUGGACAUUGUUUGUUCAUUGAGUCUUUCCUGAAUUCUUGUCAUUGUCAUUCUUGUCUCAAAAGCUCACUUGACUGAGAUUUAGAAGGGAUUUAGACGUUUAAGUUCAUUUUUAAAAAAAGGAAUCCGUUGACCUCGUAAACCCAAGAAGGAUGAAUAACUUUUGGAAAGCAGUGACUGUCCUGAGUGCCUUCAUUGCAGCAGCACAAUGCCUGAGCUGUCGUCAGUGCCCUCUUGGUGUAUUUGGGACGUGUCUGUUCGGAAGCGACAUCACAUGUAAUAAUGCGACUGAGAGUUGCUACCGUGGAGAAGCACAGUUCAAUGCUACGCAGUCGAUCACCCUGCACACCCGCGGCUGCCUGGACUCAGACCUGUGUGGGAAGACGCUGACUGGCAACAUCCUGGGUGCUGGUUACACCGCCAGUUUCCAGUGUUGUACAACAAAUCUGUGCAAUGGAGCCACUUCUGUCCAGCUCCCUCUGACUGUGGCCCUCUGUGCUGCCGUCCUCUCCUCUCUGUGGGGCUUGUAGGAGUUGUAGUUUCACCUGAUUGGCCUCUGUUUCCAUAACCCCCUAAGUUGAUUUUUUCCCUUUUACUGUUUGCACUUAUUCUGUUGUGAACUAAUCAGUAGGCCAUAAAUCAGAAUACUUUACUACGAUUUGUUCUAUUUACCAUGUAUCAAAGAGCAAUUCAUGAUGCAUCAUUAAAAGGAAUCAUUCAAACCUA